ACACACACACACAGAGGAAGAGAAACACUAACUAAUAACCGCUCUGUACAUGUGGAGUGUGUGUGUGUGUGUGUGAUGAUCCUGUACAGCGCUGCGGUCUGACGGGGAAAGAGGACUACUUGGUGUGUGUCGGAGAUGGGAGAUCAAUGGACACCACAGACGACCGUGAUGAUGUCAGACGCUUGUCUAGACCCAAAGGACCUGUCAAGCAUUUCUCAUAUCAACAUGUCCCACCACACACACGUCCACACACUCCCGUCCACACACUCCUACAGCGUGCUGAGCGCUUUCUGUACCGAGGACAACGUCCUGCAGUGUGUCUCUUACAUUAACCAGGAGGCCAGCUCCCUGGGCCUGUGCGGUGUGUGUGUGGACUCUAGGGGCGGUGCUAACGCUCUGAAUGCUGUCCCCGCCCUUAACCUGCUGUACGAGCUCGUCCAGCUGCACAGGAAACAUCUGCGCGCACUGCAGGACCUGGAACACCGCCAACUGAAGAGCUGUAGCGACCUGGAGCACCUGCAGCACAACAACUCUCGCCUCAAAGACCAGCUGGAGCACACGCGCAGAGAGAACUCGGGUCUCCAUGAGGGUGAGCGUCAGCUGCACCUGAAGAUCAGGACACUGCAGAGCUGUCUGAAGUCUGAGAAAGAGGAGGUACAGAAGCUCCAGAGCAUCAUCGCUAGCCGCGCCACUCAGUACAACCACGACGCCAAACGCAAGGAGAGGGAGUGCACCAAACUCAAGGAGCGUCUCAACCAGCUGCUGGUGGACAAGAGGGACAAAAAACUCGCGAUCGAUGUGGUGAACUGUGUGAGUCGCUCUGAUGGAAAGAGAGGGAUGUGGAAGACGAGCAGGAUGGAGGCGAGACACGAGGGUGAGAUGUACCAGGCGCUGCUGAGGGACUAUGAGGUCAGACAGCAGACUCUGAUGCAGGAGAACGCUGAGCUGAAGACGCUGCUGCAGCACAUGAAGAAGGACAUGAUGUCCAUACUCAGCCCAAAGACACACUGCAGCAGGACAGAGGACAGCCUGGACCAGGGGAACUCUGAGCCCGAGGACGAGUGUGAGGAAUUGAGUAAAGAGAAUCUGGAUCAGAUGUGUGUGGACGCGCGCGAGCAGCUGACUAACAGUAUACGGCUGCAGUGGAGACGACUGAAGAACCACAUGCACACACUCGACACACAGGUGUCUCAGGAGGAAGUCAUCUCCAGGAGGGACCAUGAAGAGGCCAUACAGCGCAUCAGAGUGGAACUGCAGCAGUGUACAGAGUUUAUACACACACAACAACAGCUACUUCAGCAGCUGGUCUCCCCGUGUGACGAGGACACGGCGGCUCUGCUGAGUGAUGGAUACACGCUGGAGGAGAAGGAGCGGCUGAAGGACGAGUGGAGGAUCUUCACUGAGCAGAAGAAGAACUUCGAGAGGGAGAGGAAGAACUUCACUGAGGCUGCAAUCCGUCUGGGGCAAGAGAGGAAGGUGUUUGAGGAGGAUCGGGCCAUGUGGCUGAAGACGCAGUUCCUCAACAUGACGCCGUUUAUAGAGCGCAAACGUCCCGCGACCUCCCACAGCCAAUCAUCACUCAACGCAGAGCCUGAAGCCAAAGUGCUGUCCACUCCGUCUCCCUCAGUCAGGGGUUUGUCUCAAUCUGGGUUCUUCACCGCUAACUCCGCCUCUCAGGGAUUGCCCUCCACUGCCGAUCUUUACCGCACACUACGACUUCGUCCUGAUGCCAGGAGUUUCAACCGACGCAGCAGCAGCACCGAGACCUCAUCGAGUGACGCGUCUGCUGCACACACACACUGAAGAACACACACACACACACACACACGCUAGCUUUAAGUCUGUGAGACAGUCCCUCUGCUGUUUACAUGUUUAUUGAUCUGAAUGCUGCAGGUAUGAAUGGAGAUUAUUUACUCGUUUGCAUAAAUAAUAAUAAUAAUAAUAAUAAUAAUAAUAAGGAGCACUACAGUUUUAUCUCUUCACGCUAAUGCAGUAAAGUGAAAGCGAUUACUUUUGAAUAAAUAUGAGGACAUUUAAUAAUUAGCCUGCCGUCGUGUCAUAUCAGAGUUAUUGUGGGCGGGGUUUCUGCAGUAGAUUUUAUACACAUGUUUGUAAAUGUAGUUUAUUUUUUUUGUGUCUGAUUUAUAGAACUUUUUUGUAAAGCUCAUACUGCACACUGUGCUGCUGUUGUGUGUGUGUGUGUGUGUGUGUGUGUAGUAGAGCAGAGUGUGAUUUAGGGAAACCUGUGUUUUAUUAGAUGGCCAUCUUUUGAUAAUGAAUAAUGGUGAAAUAAAGGAGUAUUUGUUAA